GUCUUGGACAGCCUGCCCUUGUCGCUAGAAAGGACCCAGCUCACCACUAUGGCGGUGCCCGGUGGAACUUUAACGCCCGAUGGAACUUUAAGCUGUGAGGACUUUUCAAUGUUCCAGGAGGUUUUGAAGGUAAUGCGGACCAUAGAUGAUCGUAUUGUGUAUGCCCUGAACACCACCGUGCCCACAGUUUCCUUCUCUGACAAAGUGGAUGCAACACAAAGAUGCAAAGAGCUCUAUGAAUCUAUGAUGGAGGCUCAUCAAAGAAGGGACAAAGCUAUCAAGAGUUGUAUCGCCCAGACAUCUGAGGUGGUGGGACAACUGCGUGAAGAACGAGCAAAAGAUAAUGACAACUUGGAGCUUAUCAAACAGCUCAGAAAGGAGCAGACCAAACUAAAGCUGAUGCAGUCAGAGUUGAAUGUUGAAGAAGUUGUCAAUGACAGAAGUUUGAAGGUAUUCCGGGAACGGUGCAGAAUCCAUUACACGCCUCCAAAGGUGAAGUAAAGCUGUGCUGUGAGGAGCUGCUUCACUUGAGGACUUGAACUGGACUGGAGCUGAAACUGUGUCAUGGUGCUGCAUCCUGACACCAGGCUGCUCGUGGUCCAGACCUCUCUGACUUCCUCUCCACAAUAACUCUAUUCCAUUGUUUGUUGUUGCCACCAGUGUUGUGUGCUUCUUUCGCAUUGUUCAAAAAUAAUAAUUUUUUUUAAAGGUUAAUGAAAUGUUUUCAAGUGA